UCAAUAGGUAAAUGGUGUAGAUUCUAUUUGAAGCAUUUCAACGAAAGGAACCUUCAAUUUUCACCCAAAACGAAAGAUUAUAGAAGAGCCAUGCCAAUCUUGUACAGUGUUGUAGCAAGAGGCACAACAGUGUUAGCCAAGUUUGCCUCUUGUGCUGGAAACUUUGCAGAGGUUACAGAACAAAUUUUGAGUCGAAUUCCGCCAGAGAAUUCAAAACUUACUUACACCCAGGGAAACUACCUGUUUCACUACAUAUCAGAGGACAGAGUGGUCUAUUUGUGCAUUACAGAUGAUGAUUUUGAAAGGUCCAAAGCAUUUCUUUACCUGACAGAGAUUAAGAAACGUUUUCAAACUGCAUAUCAUGGCCGUGCACAAACAGCACUGCCUUAUGCUAUGAACAGUGAAUUUUCAAGAGUCCUUUCAGCUGAAAUGAAAAGGUUUUCUGAUACUGAACAUCAGGCAGAUAACCUGUCAAAAGUGCAAGGAGAACUUGAUGAACUUAGAGGAAUCAUGGUGAAAAAUAUUGACACCAUCGCACAAAGAGGAGAACGUUUGGAACUCUUGAUUGAUAAGGCAGAAGACCUUAAUACCUCAUCCCUCACUUUCAAGAAAUCAAGCAAAGGCCUGGCCAGAGCCAUGUGGUGGAAGAAUGUCAAAAUUACUAUAAUACUUGUGGUUGUUAUUAUUUUGGUUCUCUACUUUAUCAUAUCAGCAGCCUGUGGAGGACUUGACUGGGGUGACUGUGUUCACAAAAACAAGGACAAUUAAUAAUAAUGGUAGUCACUUAGCUCCAAACACAUCAUGAUUUUACCAAACUCAGAUAUAGGUAGGAAUCUGAAGCAACUAUGAAGUAAUCUCAAAUUGCUUUGUUACCAAGAUUUUGUUAAGAUAUGUACAUGAAAGUUAACAUACAAAUCCCAAGUCUCUGGAAAUUCCACCAGAGAAGUCACUGACUUUGUCAGGUAGGUUCUUGUCACUUCACUUCACCAUCUGUUGAUUAAAAAUGACCAGCCCCAUUUUUGGGUUUGAAAAUUUUGUAGCUAGAAAAUUGUCAUUGAGCAAUUUUACAGAUAUGAAGCUUGUUUGUUUUGUUGCCUUAAUUCAGAUUAUGUGAUGUUGUAGAAAGAGGGGCUCUUUCAUCCCUGUUAAAAAAUUCAAUCGCAUUCUCCCAAACAAUGAUAAUUUGUGAACAGAUCAUUAUGUAAAUGUGGUCUGCUUGGGGUAACAAAACAAUCAAAGCAACAAAAACCUUUCUUGGCUUCUCAACUAUUUAAGUGAAUAAGUCUGUUCCUAUGGUUGAGAAAUGCUAUGAGUACUUUCAUGAUCUAGCUUCCCCUCCCCCACCUGAUGAAAAUGAGAUAAAAUUGGCCCUUGACCAAAAAUGUAGACUUCCAAUGCAAAUUGUAAUGAAUUACUUCAAUAAUUAUUCUUUCCAGGGCAGUUUUAGUCAGCUACUAGAUAGGAUCAAAGACUGAGUUGAUGUAAAACAAAAGUUUUGGUUACUUUUAAUUUAGCAGUACAAAGUAGUUACUAGAAAUGUUAUUAAUAAUAUCAUAACUAUAGUUACAACAUUUGUAAACAAGUUUGAUCAAAAGAAAAGAAAGGGAAAGGUUUUUUUACUCAA